AUGUCGAGUAUUACAAACAGUUACAUACAAUUAAUCAUUCUGAUCAGCAGAAUUAUAUUCAUACAUCAAACAAUUGCUGUGAAUCAGUGUGAUUUUUCAAGUGCUCCAUAUCUUCAAUCGGCUGCAUAUAGUCAUUCGAUUGUCUUACGUGUCCAACCAAUUGAUUUAUUCGAACAAGAUUACAAACGAAGUGAUUCAAUUAUUCGAAAAGUUCUUGUGCGUGAAGUGAUUAAGAGUCCACUAAAUUCGUCGUCAGUUGAACAGCAAGUCAAAACGAAUGACAUGAUAAUCAUUCGUAUAAAUGAUAAUGAUGAUGAAUAUCUUGAUAAUUCAUGUUGGCAUCUACUUCGAGUGGGCACUGUCGAUGUUAUUCUCUUUCUCAAUGAGACGAAGAACAACGAAUUCGAUUUACACUAUCCACCAGUUGAAUCAACACUUCGCGUACGAGAAAAUAUUGAUGCUGUUCUCAAUCAUGACCCAUAUUCACCGCAAGUUCUCAUCAAAACUCGUCUCGACAGAGCAAUACUAUCAAAAGACUAUUCUCUCCAGUGCAAUUCACGAGGCAAUCCUUUGCCUCAAUUAUUAUGGAGUAAAAAAACGGAUAUCAACGAAACACUUGAAUAUUAUCCAUUAUCUAAACAAUGCCAUCGCUCAUGCCGAAUUUAUUCCAUACAAUACAAAUAUCAAUCAACUCUCUUUUUUCAAUCGUUAACACUUGAUGAUAUUGGAACUUAUGUGUGCCACGCCGAAAAUCCAAUGAAUCGAACGAGUACCAGUGUUUAUUUGGAUAUUGAUCGAGAAUCUUCACGUAAUCAAUUGAAUAAAAACUUGACAUGUUCUAGUCUGCAAGAUUGUCAUAAUCGCGGUCAAUGUAUAAGUAUCAAUAAUCAAUUGAAAUGUUUAUGCGACAGUCAAUAUUUUGGUGAACGAUGUGAAACAAAUUACGACGAUGUAAUAAAAAAACAAGAUUCUGCUAUUCUCUUAUUUAAAUCUCGGUUUUUAGCUGGUUUUAUCCUUGUUUUAAUCGGAUUUUGUUUAUUAUUAAUUGUCUUAGUAUCCUGGCUCUUGGCACGAAAUAAUAAACAACAACAACGAAACAGAUUCAAAAAGAACCUCCCGGAGAAAACCUCUGCAGACAGGCCACUCCUACCGUCACCAACUACAACACCCGCCAAACAGCAAGAAACCAUUAUCGUGUCAAAUGAAACUAAUAGUAUCAUUCCAAUAUCAUCGUUACCAGCCGAACAAACAAAGAAACUGUCUUCAUUUCCUCAAGCAACCAUUCGUCUAAGUCAAUCACCAACGAUUGUAAGCAAAAUUAUCUCAUCACCUUCUCAUCCUUCGCCUCCUAUUCCAAUACGACGAACAGUUCCUCAAGGAAUCUUAACAAGAGAAUCAUCGAUUGCAACUGAUGAAGAUGACGAAGACGGUUUGAAUAGUUUCUUUCGUCAAUAUCAAACAUUACCACCUGUACCAACAAAAAUCGACGAAGAAUACGAAGAACGCUUUUCGAUGAGUAUGAAUACAUCUGAAGAGCUCGGUUUAGGUUCAUUAAUGAAUGGAUAUCACACGACCAAUCGUGUGCUUUCGCCAGAUCAUGAAGAGUUUUAUCGAACAGGUAUAAUCAAACCGUUAGAUAUGGGAAAUGAGCCAUCACAACGUUAUACAAAAUAUGUGUCAUCUUAUAGUAAAUUUGUUUUACCUCGACCAGUCAAAUCGUCGUCAUUAUCCGAAUAUCAACAACGAUAA